CGCCCACAAAUUGAGGCAUUCAAUCAAAUACAAAUAAUUGUGCGACACAAAUUGCUAUGGCGCUUCCACUCAUUGACAUCAACAUGCUCAUGCAGGUGCAACCUGAGCAAGAACGGGACUACAUAGUGUUGUUUCACCGUUAUUUCUUCGGCCUGAUGAUGAGGGACGACGAUCUGAUCCAGAACUUUAUAAACCGACUGUGUUUGGAAUACAGACUAACCUACAACAGGGCCGUAGACAUUGUCAUAUAUUUCGUCUUGGAUUUCUAUCACAACAUUGUGUGGACCUACAGAAAUCUUGUGAUCAUGUCACUGAACAUGUUCAUUGACAACGAAUGGGAACUGAUCCAGGACAACAUCCUAUCAGCAAUGGCUGCAGGCCUCACAGAAGAUCAAGCAACUGAUCUAGUGAUGGAUUUAAUUUAUAGAUCCGUUGUCAGUCACGGUUGGCACAAUAUUCAAGCAUAUAUAUAAAUUUAUAACUUAUACCAAUGUUUUUCAUAAAUACC